AUGGUCGAACGCGACGAGUAUAUGCGCGAGGGCUUCGACCCUAAGUCGCUCACCAUGCCACAACUCCGUAGCAUCCUAGUCGAGCACGAAGUACCUUUCAGCAGCGCAGCCAGGAAAGCCGACUUGGUUGACCAUUUCAACCAGAAUGUUCUUCCCAAGACCGCGUCUCUUCGCAAGAAGAACGCGUCCAUCGUUGCCAGCUCUAGUGGCAUCAUCGACAUGCGCGAUCAAACGACAACCCACCAGACUCCUGCCAAACGCAAACCAGGUCGCCCCAGGAAGAGCGAGGCACCUACGCCUUCCGCAAUGCCCUCGAAGACCCCUGUUAAGGCGCGUACACCUCGCAAGAAAUCGUCCUUAUCUCAUAAAUUCGCCACUUCGACGGAAAGCGAAGACAAGGACAACGUCAAGGGUAACAAAUCCGAGCCCGAUGUGGCAGAAGUCCCUGUCAAGAGAAAGCCAGGGCGCCCCCGCAAAACUGCCCCUGUUGUCGUCUCCAAUCCCAUCGAAAUCUCAGACACCGACGACAACGAAGACAACAUAUCUCCCCGCCAUGUCUCUUUUGAUCCGAAGACAUCACCGCCCGUGUCUGGCGCUCGAAAGGCCGGACGUCUCAGCCUCGGUGCCCGGAGCGAUGAUGAUGGCACAUUCUCUGACAGCAAUCCAUUCCAGUCUGGCAGCGAAGCUUCGCCCGCCACAGGUAUCGCAGCUAAAGCUGGUGCUUACGCGAGAAAGGCGCGACGCCAGACAACCGAUGGAAGCACUUUACGUGGAAAGACUUCCGCCCCAUCGCUUGCCCCCGAAUCACCUCCCAAGCAACUCAAGCAGACAAGCCCGAGCGUCGCGAGCACACUUCGCAACUACAUGGAUCAGGCGGUAGCAUCGACCACACCUCCUCGUAUUAUCAGCCGCCUCACUGGAACUAAGUCGGCAGACUCCACCGGCGGACAUGCUGCUGACGACGAAGGCACGGCCCGACACAGCAAAUCGACAUCAGUCGAUGCAGUUGAUGAUGCGGACGAUGACAGCUUCGAUCUCGAGACUUUUACGUCGCCUUCGGCACUCGCCAAGGUGCGCAACCUUCGCCACAAGAAAGAUCAGCAACGAAGUCGAGAACAGCGUUCAGCCAAGUCUUUUAUCGAUUACCUCCUCAAAUCGGUCUUGGUAUUUGUAGCGGUCGGCGUGCUAGCUUGGACUGUUUGGUAUGCGCGGGAGACACGCGCUCUCGGGUUUUGCGACACAGAUUCCAAUACCAACUCGAUCGUUGAAGAUCGCCGCCUUACUGCGCUUGCCUUUGCACAAGCUAACAACGAGACGCUGGACGAUCUGACGAUCUUUCCUGAUCGUCUGCAGCCUGCAUGCACGCCCUGCCCACCACACGCUAACUGCGCAUACGGAAAAGUACUCGGUUGCACCUCGGACGACUGGGUUCUGCAGCCCAGCAUUCGCUCGAACAUCCCGCUCGCUAAUGCAUUCCUUCCGCUCGGCAUGACAAUACCCCGCUGCUAUCCAGACACGCAGAAGCUCGUCCUCGCUUCAGAGCUCGCCCAAGCCAUCUCGCACAUGCUGGCCGACUUCAAGGGCGAGGUUAUCUGCGGUACACAAAAGACACAUGCUACGGUUCGCAGUCUGCCUAAGAAACUAGUGGCAUUCGAAUCUAACUUGACCUACGCCAUUUCCGAGGGAGCGGUGAAGCGGUCCAUGUCGGCCACACGGGAUACUAUGUUGGAUGAAGAGUAUUUCGAGCAAAUCUGGUACAUGGCUCUAUUCGAAUUGACAGAUCCGAGGAGCAAUGUUGUCCGUAUUCCUAUCGCGAACGGUACCGUCGGAGAAGGAGCGGAGCAAGGUACAAGGUACUUUUUAGCUGCCAAGCAAGCGUCGUUGUCGUUGUCGUGUCGAUCGAGGUUGGCGUUAAAAGGGUGGAUGUUGCGUGCGCGGCUGUAUUUCGGUCUUCUGUUGUCGAGCGUAUUGGGAUUCUUCUACUUGCGAUAUCGGUUAGCUGCUGCUCGAAGAGAGAACGUGAAAGUGUCGCUGCUGGUGCAGACAGCGUUGGAAAAGUUGCAAGAACAGGAGUACCUGCAUGGACGGGAUCCGGUUCUGCAUCCCGAUGACUUUAUCCCCUUGUCGCAUCUCAGAGACGACAUCUUGAGGGAGGAACAUCAUUCGGCGGCCAGGAGCCGGUUGUGGAAGAAGGUGGCCAAGGUGGUCGAGGAAAAUUCAAAUGUUAGAACCAGACAGGCGCAGAAAAAGGGUGAGUGGUUGAGGGUUUGGCAGUGGAUUGGAAUGGAUGGCUUUCGAGGAUAUGGCACGCCCAGCGGCGGGAUAGAGGGAAAGGCGAAUGCCGAUGACGAUGCCGAUGCGAGGAUGCCUGUUGCUUAA